UUUUUUUUUAAAUCUUAUUUUAUGAUAUGCUUUCAAUACAGGUCUUUAUACAUUGCAAAUACUUCUGACACAUUUUGAAGACCAAUCAUAGUUAAAUGUAAAUCAAAGAAAUUCAAAUGCAAAAGGAAAACAAUUCCAGUUAGAAAAUUAAAUAUGAAUUUUAUUUAUAUAUAUCAUCAAUAAAAUAUUUAGGGUAGGCAGCAAAAAGGUAAGUAGGGUCGAGAAACCGGAGACACACAUAUGUUUUGUCUUGGCCUGACUGAUUAUUUAUAGUCUUUAAUGGUUAUAGGAAAUGACUUGGAGUAUAUAAAAAUUAUUUUUGUUAGAAUUCUCAUGCAUUCCUAUGUAGUUUGUACAAUUGAAUAGACCUUUUUCCUGAGGGAGGGGAAAGAUUCAUGUUUUGUCAAUAGGGAAAAGGUACUCUUAAUCAUUACUUUAAGUAAAAGGAACUUUGAUAUAUCUGUGAGAAUAAAUAAUGAAUUAAGAUUCAAUUUCCCCCAUUAAAGCUGUAUGCAGAACAUGUAUGUCCAAACACAAAACAGACCUCAGUCUUGGUGAAGGAACAGUGGAAGAAAUCAAAGACAGAAUCCAGCAGUUGCCCAGAACUUCAUUACCUUCAACUGAGUGGAGAGAAUUUGAUUGCACUGAUGCCAAUGAUAACCACAACACCGUUAACCUUGCUGAGGAAAUGAACUUGGAAUCUCAAUCAAUUCAUUUUGACCAAGAUAUGAUGUCAGACAGUGAAACAUUCGUGUUUUCUGUCCACAACAGCUUCCAAUUGGUCGGAUAUGCAGAAAUCUUUAAGAGAAAAAUACAAUGAUGCAAUGCAAAUCCUUUCAAAUGGCCAGCUAGAAUGUUUACGCUCUCAAGCCGGCCAACCUCUGCAAGACUUAAAGUACUCGACAAGAUCCUACUACGUGCGUCAUGCUAAAUCUGCAUUUGAGUACAUAUGUAACAUCAUAGCUCCUGGACAAAGUGAACAACUCAUUGAUGAGGUUAUCUGCAGUUAUAAAGCUCCAGCAAUAUCUCGUGAAGAUUCUAUGACAGACACAGUAAUUGAGGCAUACAAGAAGGCUACAGAUCAUUGAACUCGCACUCAGAUUUUGUCCCUCAUUGCCAAUAGAUAUAGCAAAGUCACUUUGUUGAAGAUGGUUGAGGGAAUAACAAUCCACCACAUAGAUGUAGCAAGAAAACAUGCAGCCACUCAUUGGCCGGGACAGUAUGUCACACCACCUAAAGUUAUACGUGUCAGAAUUUCAAAAGGAAGAAUCCAACACUUUGUAGAGUUCAUAUCAGCUCCCAUGUACCUCCAUACUGUUGGUUUUGGCUCCAAGCACUUGAAACUUUCAUCGGGAUUAGAAGUCAAGAUACCAAAGGUCAUUCGUACAAUGAUUGCAUCAAGACUCAUCGCAGCAUACACAGCAUAUUGCCAGGACAAUGGUAUUGUGCCUCCAUCAAGAGCAACUCUUUAUAAGAUAGUGAAAGUGUGUGCAGCAUCACAGCUGAAGUCUCUACAUGGUCUUGACAACCUUGCAAGUGAAGGAGAGUCUGGAAUUUCCACCAUUGUAAAAGCAGUGGAGAAACUAUCUGAAUUAGGGCUAAAUGAUGGAAAAGUGGAGGAGUUCAAGAACCAUUUACAAGCUGUGAAAUUGCAUCUGAAGAAUGAUUUCAAAACACAUAUAAGCAGGACAAGCACAUGUAUUGAACACUGUAUACAAUAUGCUUUAUCAGAGUCAAAAUGUGAUCAUCAACAUUCAGAGACUUGUGUAUCUUGUCGACAAGUGAAAAAUGUCACCAUUGAAAUUGCUCAGUGCCUUAAGGGUAUUCAAUGUGAAGCAAAUUCAAGGGAAGAAAUUCAACACGAUGUAGAGUUAUCAUGUGAGAAAAUUGUGAACUGGCGAGAUCAUUGUAUACGUACUGUGAAUCAAGAUGCCUGCAAGAGAGAUAUUGUGAACAAUCUUAAGGAUGACCAGGCACUCAUAAUCAUGGACUGGGCGAUGAAAUACUUGCCGCAGACAUUCAGAGAGACUCAAAGUGAAUGGUUUGGAAAACAGGGUAUCAGUUGGCAUGUAUCGUGUGUACUUGCACACAGAAAUGACACAGAAAAUGAUGAACCAGUGGACAUCAUAUCACAUGUACACCUUCUUCAAAAUGGCACACAGGGGUGGUUCACAGUUUUCAAAAUCCUUAUCCAUAUCCUGCAGAUGCUUCAUCAGAGUCAUCCACAUUUGAAAGAAGUUUUUUUGCGUUCUGAUAAUGCAGGAUGUUACCACUGCCUUCCUCUUUUGACAUUCCUCUGGAAACUAAGGAACAAAACAAAGAUCACAAUAAAAGAGUACAAUUUCAGUGAAGCACAGUCAGGUAAAGAUUUAUGUGACUCACGCACAGGAAGCUGUAGGAUGCACAUUUUGAACCAUCUGAAUGAAGGAAAUGAUGUGACAUCUGUCUAUGAGAUGAAAGAUGCUCUUGAAAGUCAUGGGGAAGUCCGGAACACACUAACAUCCGUAAUUGAUGUUGACAUGAAAACUCAGCCAACACUAUCAGGCCAAUUGAAAUUCCCAAUCAGCCAGUUCAACAAUUUCAUCUUUAAGGACAGUGGUAUUCUGGCAUUCAAGUCAUACAGUUUUGGAGAGCAUCUUAUACCAUCUGAAAAGCUUGAAGUUGUAACAAAGAAUUUGGUGGACAUUCCAGAAGCUGUGAUUGUUGCAAGUCCCAAACCUUCCACUACAAAGGCAAGGCAGAAGAAAUCUACAAGUCGUUUGUUCUCAUGUUGUGAUCCGGAUUGUGUUAAAGAGUUUAGGAAAGAAAGUCAAUUAUUGAACCACCUAGCUAUUGGAAAUUAUGUGUAUGACAGUGAAAAACAGGACAACAUACUGGAUACCACAAAAAGAAUAUGGGUGCAGACUUGCACAAAAUUUAGAUCCACCCAACCCACUUUCACAGUAGAAACUCAUGAACUUGAAGAUGAAGUCGUGUAUGAAACACAGGCAUAUGCAUUGAAGCAAAGGAGGAAAAGUACUCGAUUUUCCAGCAAAGUUAAGAAUUUUUUGUUUGAGAUUUAUGAAGGAGAAAAAACUGGACGAAAGGCCAAUCCAUAUACCGUUAGUAAACAGAUGCGAUUAGAAAAGGAUCCAGAAGGGAGAAGACUUUUUGGCCCAAGUGAAUGGCUGACACACCAGCAAAUUAGAAGUGUGUUUGCCUCUUUUGUUGUGAAAGCACGGAAAUCAUCAAGUUUUUCUUCCCAAGUAAAACGUUUGAAGUUGGAGGAGGUCAAUGACGAAGAGGAUGAACUUUUGGAAAAUAUUAUUGAAAGUCUUCAGGCGACAGAACAACAAGAGGCAGUUCAAGCUAUUGCCAAUGAACUUGCAAAGUGAAUGUGUUUGAUCAUUUAAUAUUGUUGAAUAUAUGUGUACAUAUAUGCAAUUUUACACUAAAAUCUACGUAUAAUAUUCACUGUAGCGAAUUAUGAUUACUUCCUAAAUUCUUUACUAGUAAUUGUUGGAAAAAAUGUACAAUGUCCACUGUAGUGAAUCAUGUGUACUUCCUAUAUUCUUUAUUAGUAAUUGUUGGGAAAAGCAAUCUUUGAAAUACAUCUUUCUUUUUCUCAAUGUUAAAAAUAUGGAACAUAAUGUGGUUUUUUAUGGUAAGAUUUACUUUCGAAAUAUUUUCUUAGACAUCUGAUGAUUUUGUUCUGAUAUAUGACAUUGGGUUGAAUUCUAAUGCGAAAUUAAAGUAUCAAAUGUGUUUUGCUACUUAUUAGAAAAUUUCAUAUCACAGUUUUUACAGAAGAAUAAGUUAUGCUGUGUAUUAUUUUGUAUUAUAAGUGUACAAACAUACUUGCAUGUAACUUGGUGUUUUCAUUUAUUGUUCUAUUGUUACCUGAGAACACUGUGUGAGGAAAAUGUUUACAGUAGCAUGUGUAUGAUUAACUUCUAUAUUUUCUGAUGUGUACCAUAUUUCUGUAUGUACACAAUGUUUAGCGUUAAUAUUUUGUUAUUACAUGUAUUCACGACAUGUAAUGAAUUUUUUUUUAUACAGUUUAUGAAUUAAAUUGUAAUGGAUGUUACAGUGUAUGUAUAAUAUUACAUUAAUUAUUCAUGUGUAGAGCAUGUUAUUAUUAUUACUUGUAAUUACAGGUUUACCUGUUAAUUGAAUAUUUGAAAAAAAUGCAAACAGGAGUUAUCCCUCCUUACUGAACAUUGUAAAAAAAUUAAAAAACUAAUAUAAAACGGUUAUUUAUAGUACUGUAUAUUUAAAUGUUUGUAAUUCUUUGCCUAAUAAUAUUAGAAUACAUUUUGGAUUAGUAACAUUAUAAAGAAAUUGAUUUUAUAUGGACUAAAACUUGCCCAUAUGGUAAAAUAAUGGUCAAAAUCGUGUAACUUCAAUUUUUAUCAUAAUUUUAUUAUUUUUUGUUUUCCGAAAAAUUCCAAUUUAUUGAGUACACAUCAUGUGAAGAUCUUUUAAGAAACACUA